AAUACUAACUAGACAUCCCAGUUUCAGAUGAGUUUUAAUGCCACAGAUCAUCAGCAUAUUCGCUGGAAUCCUCUGAAAGGGGAUUGGGUGUUGGUGUCUCCUCACAGAAUGAAGCGUCCUUGGACCGGACAAGUAGAGAAGCUGAAUGAACAAGACCGGCCAGAGUUUGAUCCAAAGAACCCUUUAUGUCCUGGAGUAACCCGACCCAAUGGAGAUGUAAACCCACAGUACACUUCCACCUUUAUCUUUAACAAUGAUUUCCCAGCAUUACUGGAGGAAGUUCCAGAGCCUCCGCCAUCAGAUAACCCACUUUUCAGGAGUGCAGCAGCCAAGGGAACCUGUAAAGUGAUGUGCUUCAGCCCUAAAUCUAACGUUACUAUUCCAAUAAUGAGCAUAGAAGAGAUGAGACAAGUCAUUAACACCUGGGUAGAAGAACUGCAAGAACUUGGGAAAAAAUUCAAGUGGGUUCAGAUUUUUGAAAAUAAAGGAGAAGCGAUGGGAUGUUCAAAUCCACAUCCCCAUUGUCAGAUAUGGGCAUCAUCCUUUCUUCCAAAUGAGGCAGCAGCGAAAGACAGGAAUAUGAUGAACUACAAGAUCACCAUGGGGACAAAUCUAUUGCUUGACUAUGCAAAGCAAGAGGAAGAGAAGAAUGAGAGGAUAGUAGUUUCCAACAAUGAUUGGCUUGCGCUUGUACCGUACUGGGCUGUUUGGCCGUAUGAGACAAUGAUAAUUCCCAGAACAAGGCAUAUUCUCAGAAUGACUGAUUUAACUGAUGAUGAGAAAACAAGUUUAGCUGAUAUAAUGAAGAAACUGACAACCAAGUAUGACAAUCUAUUCGAAUGCAGUUUCCCAUACUCAAUGGGCUUUCAUGGAGCUCCAACAGGCCCUGGCUGUGAAGGGGAGGAUUUUGAUCACUGGCAGUUCCAUGCUAUCUACUUUCCACCUCUACUUAGAUCUGCUACUGUCAAGAAGCAUAUGGUUGGUUAUGAAAUGUUGGCGAACUGUCAGAGAGAUCUAACUGCUGAGCAGGCAGCAGAAAGACUGAGGAGUUUGCCUGACACCCAUUACAAAAGGAAAAACUGAAGAAACCAGGAAGCUGAUGAUAAGAGUGCCUUAAAGCUAUGUUUUAAUUCUAAACGGAAUGCCAAAAGAUUAUUAAAUUUUAAAAUGCAAUAAAAUAAUUAACAAUUUUUU